GUGAGUAAGUUCAAGUUGUGUAGUUGCCCUUGCACUAUGGACUUUCUACUCACCCUUUGAUGGAAGGACUAUGCGUUACUAUUUCAAAUAAAUAAUAAGCCGGAAUAAUGAUUUGCAUACUGUUAGUUGCCGGGCACGGCACGGUUUUAGAGACACAGAUUAAGAGUGAUAUUACAGGUCUGUAUGCUCAUCUGGCCGGUGUCCCCAAAGCUCUGUUACCUGGAGUGGGUGGAAAGAAAAUAUUGGAUUUCUGGUGGGAAACCGUCAACACUCGCCAGCUCUUCAGUGAAGUCUAUCUGGUCACGAAUGCUGAUAAAUACAAACACUAUGAGCGGUGGGCAACAGCCAAUGACUUUCCAGUGGAAAAUGUUGUGAAUGAUGGAAGCACUACUUUGGAUGACAGACUCGGGGCUGUUGCAGACCUUGAAUUGGCCAUCCGAAGCCGACAGCUACAAGAUGACAUUAUGGUGAUUGCAGGAGACAUGCUUUGUGCUGAUCAAAACUUCGAUAUUGCACAAGUCAUUCGCUUUUUCAGAUCUAAGCCUGGAGAACUUGCUAUAUAUUAUGAGCUGGAGUCAGGAGAGAAGAGCUUCUCCAGAGGAAUUGUUGAAGUGUGUCCGAACACCCAUCGGGUCACGCGCUUCAUUGAGAAGCCUCGGGAGGGCGUCACCGCAUCCCGUCUGGCAAGUGUGGUGUUCUACUGUCUACGUAAAGAGUCCUUACAGUACAUCUCCGAUUUCCUUGUUCAACACCCAGACGUUAAAGAUAGAACCUUUGGCUUUUUUUGGGAAUGGAUUAUAAAUGAGGAGAAGGUUCCUGUUUAUGGGAUGAAGUUACCAACAGGAUUUCAACUUAUUGGACAAGUGGGUCUGUCUGAUUACAAGAAAUGGCUCACUCACUAUUCUUCUAAACAGCAGCUGUCCCCAUCUAAACCUAUUACAUGCCGCUCAUAUGCCAGGGUUGGACUCAUGGGGAACCCUUCUGAUGGUUUCAAUGGGAAAACCAUUGCUAUGACCAUUGCUAAUUUCUGGGCUGAGGUCACACUCAUGGAGAGCCAGACUCUGGCCAUUCUACCUCAUCCCCUGAACGACCCUACGGAGUUCGGAAGCUUGCAGGAUCUCUUUCAGAUCAGCCGGAAAGAAGGGUAUUUGGGAGGUCUGAGACUUCUACAAGCCACCUGUAAAAAGUUUUACCAGUUCUGCUCUGAACAAGGCAUUGCUCUGUCCAAGCAGAAUUUUACUCUCAAGUAUGACACAAACAUUCCUCGGCAAGUGGGUUUAGCUGGCAGUAGUGCUAUUGUGUCUGCCACACUGAAGUGCCUGAUGAAGUUUUACAACAUCACAGACAAUGAUCUUCCUAAACCAGUCAGAGCCAACUUCAUCCUCAAUGUAGAGACGGAUGAGCUGUUCAUCACAGCUGGUCUACAGGAUCGAGUUGUGCAGGUCUAUGAAGGCUUGGUUUACAUGGACUUCAACAAACAGCUUAUGGAUGAGCGGGGUUAUGGAGAGUACAUUCCCUUGGACAUGAACGAUCUUCCCUUGUUCUGGCUGGCGUACUUGAGCGAUCCAAGUGAUUCUGGACGGAUUCACAGUAAUGUUAGACAGCGAUGGUUAAACGGUGACUCUGCUGUGGUUGAAGCGAUGAAAUCGUUUGCUGAACUUACAGACCAAGCCCGGGCUGCCUUCCUGUGUAAGGACUGGGCCAGACUCGCACAACUCAUGGAUGAAAACUUUGAGCUAAGGCGGUCGGUGUAUACUGAAGACUGCUUGGGCCCUGGAAAUCUGAAAAUGGUACAGCUUGCAAGACAGUUUGAAUCUGCCGUCAAAUUGCCCGGCAGUGGUGGUGCUGUGGUGGGCUUGUGUACGGACCAAGAGCAGCUGGUGGAGAUGAAGAGGGCUUUCCAAGAGGCGGGAUGUGUGUUUUGUCUAAUUGUGCCUUAUGACCCGUCAGUGCAGGGUCAGAACUGAUCACUCAGAGAAAUGGUUGUAUUAAUUGUUGGCCAAGAAGCUGACAUAUCAAGGCUUUGCUAAAAGACCAUUGCUUAAUACAUAGUUCACCCUAAAAUUUGUAUUUUUACAAUAUACAGUAUAAACCUGUAUGACUUUAUUUGUUCUGUGGAACAUUAAAGAAGAUAUUUGAAGAUUUUUUUGGAUUUCAGUGGUAGCCAAAGCUUUUUGGUUACUAACUUUCUUUUAAAGAAAGUUCCACAGAAAAAAGUCAUGCAGGUUUGGAAUGACAUGAGUGAGUAAAUGAUGAUAGAAUAUGUACAUUUUUGGGUGAACUAUCCCUUAUAUAUAUAUAUAUAUAUAUAUAUAUUAACCAGUUUUAAACAUAAGUUUAAAUGAACUCAAUGCUUUCCUAUUUCAGACUUCAAAAUCACAGGUCAUUGUUUAGCGGCAGGUGGGGCUCCAAUUGUUGUACGUUUCAGACAGAAACGAGAAACAAGGCCUUGCAAUGACCUUCCACUCCCAUCCUGUUCUUGUGUCGUAAAGAGGUUUUUGUGCAGAGCCAAAAGUGUUUUCUUUAUUUUAAUAAGACGUGGUUGCGAAUGAAAGGUUUUAUUCAAUUAUAUCGGUCUAUGUAUUAUUAUAGUCAGCACUACCAAAUUACCACCAAAAAAUUCUCCCAUGUUGUCAUAGUAGAUUUUGUCAAUAUGUUGUUAAUGAAAUAAAUAAAUCCUUUUGACUCA